UGUGCAGGAGGCAUUGCUGAGAUUCCCCUUGCAGCAAUGGACUUGGAUAAACCAUCCGUAUGGGGAUCCCUGAAGCAGAAAACUAGACCGUUCCUGCAAAACCUGAGCGUGAGGAAGACGAAGAAGAGGUCUAGCAAAAUGAUGGAGAGGAAAGUCCACUCCUUGGACCGAUGUCUCAGCGUGUCAGUGCCUGACAUGCUGGAGGUGGAGACUCUUAUGGAAGAAGAAACAAAUUAUUCGAGUACUCAGGUGUUGUCGAGCUGCUCCCCCAAGAGCCUCUCCAGGUCUGUGGUGUCCCUGAAGAGCAGAAGCACUUCGGCGAGGGCAGCGGGUGAGGACUGGCCGUGGACAUCGCAGCAGGCGACGCGGAUGGAGGUAACGGUCACUCCCCCGGACACACAAGCUGCAGGCAGCCCCACGUCCGAGGGGAAGAGGAAAUCUAGCGAUGACUUCUUUGAGCUGCUGCAGAGCUCCCGCCUGAGUGCUGCGCUGACAGAUGAGGGGUCAGAGUAUCAAUGUGGAGAAAUGGAUCUUGACUCUUCCCUAUCAUCUCAAAUUUUUGAUGACCAAAUGGCUCUGGAGGAAGCAAAUGACUGCUUGAGUGACCUGCCCAGCCCCUUUGCCUACCUGCUGACCAUCCACCUGAAGGAAGGCCGGAACCUGGUUAUCAGAGAUCGCUGUGGUACAAGUGACCCUUAUGUGAAGUUUAAACUGAAUGGGAAAACUCUCUACAAAAGUAAGGUAGUCUACAAAAACCUCAACCCAGUUUGGGAUGAAACUGUUGUGCUGCCUGUACAGACCCUCGAUCAAAAACUCUGGAUCAAGGUGUACGAUCGAGAUUUAACCUCUUCAGACUUCAUGGGUUCGGCAUUUGUAGUGCUCACUGAACUUGAACUCAAUAGAACUACAGAACGGGUUUUAAAACUGGAAGAUCCCAACAGUUUAGAAGAUGACAUGGGAGUGAUUGUAUUAAACUUGAGCCUAGCAGUCAAGCAAGGAGACUUCAAGAGAAAUAGAUGGUCAAGUCGGAAGAAACGAACUUCGCCCAAGUCGAGUUUCAUGCGGAGCAUGAAACUGUCUGAGUCUCUGCGCAAGAACCAGUUGUGGAAUGGUCUGGUCACCAUCACACUCUUGGAGGGGAAGAACAUGCCCGGAGGGGGCUUCGCAGAGAUUUUCAUUCUCCUCAAACUGGGAGAUCAAAGAUACAAGAGCAAGACACUGUGUAAGAGUGCAAAUCCUCAGUGGAGGGAACAGUUUGAUUUUCACUACUUCUCUGACAGGAAGGAUAUGUUGAACAUAGAGGUCUGGAGAAAGGAUAACAAAAAGCAUGAGGAGCUUUUGGGAACGUGCCAAGUUGACGUUACUGCCCUGCCAACAAAGCAGACCAAUUGCUUAGAGCUACCUCUGGAAAAACAUCCGGGGUCACUGCUAAUGCUGAUUGCUGUUGCCCCAUGUACAGGAGUGUCUAUUUCUGAUCUGUGUGUCUGUCCUUUGGGAGAUCCCAGCGAACGGCAACAGAUUUCUCAGCGCUAUUGUAUAAAGAAUUCCUUUCGGGACUUAAAAGACAUUGGCUUCUUGCAAGUCAAAGUUUUAAAGGCAGUGGACCUGUUGGCAGCAGACUUUUCAGGUAUUUUAUUUCUAUUUUGCAGCAUAUGAUGCUAUAAUAUAUUGCAACUGGGAAAUGACAUGCUUCAAACACACACCGUUUACAAGAACCUCAAUCCAGAGUGGAACAAAGUUUUCACGUUCCCUAUUAAAGAUAUUCAUGAUGUUCUGCAAGUGACAGUGUUUGAUGAAGAUGGAGAUAAACCCCCUGAUUUUCUUGGAAAAGUUGCCAUCCCUUUGCUGUCUAUUAGAAACGGUAAACAAAGUUGUUACACGCUGAAGAAUAAAGACUUGGAACGUGCUUCAAAAGGAGUAAUUUACUUGGAGCUGGAUGUCCUAUUUAAUCCUAUAAAAGCUAGUAUGAGGACAUUCAAGCCCCGAGAAAAGCGUUUUACUGAGGAGAACCGCAAAUUUUCUAAAAAGAUCUUAUCAAGAAAUGUUGAUCGUGUGAAAAAAAUCACCAUGGCAAUAUGGAAUACAAUACAAUUCCUUUGGAGCUGCUUUCUCUGGGAGUCCACGGUAAAGAGCUUGAUAGCAUUUGUGGUAUUUGUGGUCACCGUCUGGACUGUGGAGCUGUACAUGGUGCCCCUGGCUUUGCUGGUGCUUUUCGCAUACAACUUCUCCCUUGUCACAACAGGGAAGGUCAACAACACCCAAGAUGCCCAGGAGCUUAUGGGCUUGGAUGAAGAUGAGGAUGAAGAUGAUAAGGAAUCUGAGAAAAAGGGGUUAAUUGAGAGAAUCCACAUGGUCCAAGAGAUCAUCAUAGCUGUUCAAAGCAUCCUAGAAGAAAUAGCAUCAUUUGGAGAGAGGAUUAAAAACACAUUCAACUGGACCGUGCCUUUCCUCUCUGUCCUAGCCUGCUUGGUCCUGGCAGCAGCAACAGUUAUUUUAUAUUUUAUACCUCUGAGGUACAUUGUUUUAAUCUGGGGCAUAAAUAAAUUUACUAAGAAGCUUAGAAAUCCCUAUGCCAUCGACAAUAAUGAGCUACUAGAUUUCCUCUCCAGGGUACCAUCUGAUGUUCAAAAGGUGCAGUAUGCUGAAUUGAAACCAUACAGCAGCUCCAGUCCCAUUAGGAAGAAACGGAGUGCGCUCUAG